AUGAUGAUGAUGAUGGGCCAAGUGCAGCGGAUGGCCAGCCGGACCAGCCUGAGGAUGCUCACCCGCUACGCCUCAGUGUGCUCAGCCAACCCGAUCGAAACCAUCGUGACCACCCUGAUCAUCAUCACCCUCGCAUACUUCCAGCUGCUCCAGGCAAUCAAACACUCCGAAUUCCUCAACAUCCCCCCCACCAACUCAUACCACCCCACAAACACCCUCACCCUCAAACUAAACAGCAACCACAACCAAAACAACACACACAACAUCACCCUGCUCACCCUCAACCUCGCCUUCCCCCCAUCCACACUCGCCUACCCCGCCGCACAGGCCAACCACACCCUCACUCAGGCAGCCAGCCACCUCAGCCAGCUGCUCGCAAAGAAGAACUACGCCGAACUAUGUCUCAGACAACCCACAAACAACAACAACACCCUCCUCCCCCACAGCAUCCGAUCAUGCUUCAUCCACAUCCACCACACCUCCACCACCAACCAGCCCAGUCUGCCCCUCACCAUCGCACUCAACGCAACAGCCACCACCACCAUCCAGCCAUGGAUCGACAGCUUCCUCAACAGUCUGCCCCCCACCAUCCGCCUCCUCUCCCCCGGACCCACCGCCGCCGCACGCGAGGCCCACGAACGGCUCGGCGAAAUCAGAUCCAUCCGAUGGAUCGCAUACGCCACUCGCGCAUUCAUCAUCCGCUUCUGCCAGCUCAUCGCCAAGGCCGACUCGGCCGACAUCUUCAUCAUGCUCAUCGCCUACAUGCUCAUGCACCUCACCUUCUACAGCCUCUUCAGAAACAUGGCCAAACUAGGAGCAUCCAUCUGGCUCGGCGCCCUCACCGUCCUCUCUGCCAUCUUCGCCUUCAUCCUCGCACUCAUCACCGCCCACCUCCUAGGCAUCAGGAUCAACCCCAUCCUGCUCUCCGAAGCCCUGCCCUUCCUGGUGAUCACCGUCGGCUUCGACAAGCCCUACGUGCUGGCCCACGCCAUCCUCAGCCGCUCCAACCGCAACCCCGCCCUCCUCCGCAGCCACCAACAGCUCCCACCGGCACGGGAUAUCGUCGGCGACAGCAUCGCCAGGGUCGGCGUCCGGAUCGUCAGAGACUACGCUAUCGAAAUCACCGUCCUCGCCCUCGGCGCUAUCAGCGGCAUCAACGGCCUCACCGAGUUCUGCCAGCUGGCCGGCCUCAGUCUGCUCUACGACUGUCUGCUCUCCUUCGGCUUCUACAUCUCCAUCCUCACCGUCUUUGUCGAGAUCCAUCGGAUCCAGGUGGUCCGUGAACUCGCAAAGAACGACUCGACCACCGAGCUCUCCAAGCUGCUAGACGACGGCGUCGAGCCCUCGGUCGAGGAGGUCAAAGAGCAGAUGGCCGAACAAGAGUCGAUCCGCGCCAAGCUCAUCGAGACCUUCAUCAACGACCCCAAACCGCACCAGUCGGCCGAGAAGAUCAUCAUCGGCAGCAGCCGCCUCAAGCUCGCCCUCCUCAGCAUGUUCGUCGGCCUACACACCCUCAACCUCUGCACCACCCUCACCCUGCGCACCGCCAUCACCCGCCACUCCUCCCACCCCCCAUCCUUCUCCCUCACCCAUCCCGCCAACCUCUCCACGAAGAACUCGGAGCUGGGCGGAGCACUGGCCAGUCUGGUCAUCGAGCAGACCAAGAUCGACCCCAGUGCACCCAUCUAUGCCCAAGCACUCGAGAAGCUGUCCCAGGAGAUAUCUCAGUCCGAGGAACAUGCCCACUCAGAGUGGCUGGUCCAGAUCAGCCAACCGAUCGAGAUGCGCGUGGCCCGGAACACACGCUUCCGGAGCUCCCAGCCGGGCAAGUCGUCCCUCGUCUUCCUCGACGAGCUCAUGUCCUCGUGGACCGAGUUUGUCGGCGACCCAGUGAUGUCCAAGUGGAUCGUGAUCGUGCUCGCACUCAGCGUGCUCUUGAACGCCUAUCUCCUGAAGGGCAUCGCCAUCAGCACCGUCGACCAGACCCGCAGGUUCAACCACCAUCUGUCCGUCCAGAGGGCCAUUCGACGCAACAAGGAUCAGCCAGCCACGAGCGACGACGACGAGGACGACUUGUCCUCCGAGAGCGAAGCGCUCAGCCCGGCCGAACGCGCCGCCCGGAUCAUGCUCGCCUCCACCCCCGCCGGCGACGGGCUUGGAUCCGGGAAUCAGCUCAGGAACCGGAAGACCAAGAAGAGCCGCCACCAACGGCGCUGGAGCAGCGGCCUGAUGGACACGGCAGACCGCAGCAGCAAGCCGCACCAGCUGAUCAUCCCUGCCCAUCUGCCCAAGGUGGAGCUGCCGACGGAAGAGGACGACGAGGUGCUGGAGAUGCGCGGGCCGAACAAGACCCAGCCCGUCUGUCCGCCCCCCGCCGCAGUCACCCCGACUCUGAAAGGCUUCGGGGCGGCCGAAGAGGGCGGCAACAAGGCGCUGGUCUCGCUACGGCUGAUCGACGAGAUGGGCCGGACGUCCAAAACCGACGAGGGCACGGACAGCGACGAGCCCAUCACUACCACCACCACCACUACUACUACUACCGCGACCAACACCGAGUCCAACCGGGCCGACAGCCCGCUCCUCCCCGACCAGGACAAAGCCCCCUCCCCCCGCUCCCUCGACGAAACUCUCGCCAUCUUCAACGACCCCGUCAACCGUGGUCCCGCCUGCCUCGACGACGAGGAAAUCGUCCUCCUCGUCCAGCAGGGUAAGGUCGCCGCCUACGCCUUGGAAAAGCUGCUCAAGGAUUUCCCUAGGGCGGUUCGGAUCCGACGGGCGCUGAUCUCUCGGGCGUCGUUGACGAAGACGUUGGAGACGAGCGUGUUGCCGUAUCUGCACUACGACUACGGAUUAGUGAUGGGCCAAUGCUGCGAGAACGUGGUUGGAUACAUGCCGAUCCCCGUGGGCAUUGCGGGGCCCCUUCGGAUCGACGGGACGGCGUUUCCGCUGCCGAUGGCGACGACGGAGGGUGCGCUCGUGGCGUCGACGUCCCGGGGGUGCAAGGCCCUGAACGCGGGGGGCGGGGUGACGACGGUGGUGACGGCGGACGCGAUGACGCGGGGCCCGGCGCUGGAGUUCCCGGACCUGCUGGUGGCUGCGCGGGCGAAAGCGUGGGUGGAGUCGGAGGAGGGCCGGGCGGCGUUGAAGGCGGCGUUCGACUCGACGUCGCGCUUCGCCCGGCUGAUCUCGCUCAAGACGGCGCUUGCGGGCCGGACGCUCUACGUGCGCUUCGGCACCCGGACGGGCGACGCGAUGGGCAUGAACAUGAUCUCCAAAGGCACCGAGGCCGCCCUCCGCCUCAUGAAGUCCCCCACCUACUUCCCCCAGAUGAAGGUCCUCUCGCUGUCCGGCAACUACUGCAUCGACAAGAAGCCCUCGGCCAUCAACUGGAUCGAAGGCCGCGGAAAGUCCGUCGUCGCCGAGGCCGUCGUCCCCGGCGACGUCAUCUCCAAGAUCCUCAAAACUUCUGUACCCGACAUCGUCAAGUUGAACAUCUCUAAGAACCUCGUCGGCAGCUGUCUGGCCGGCUCUAUCGGCGGCAAUAACGCCCAUGCGAGCAACAUCUUGACUGCUAUUUAUUUGGCGACGGGACAGGACCCGGCGCAGAACGUCGAAAGCUCGAACUGCAUGACCCUAAUGGAAGCGGUGAACGGGGGGCAAGACCUGUUGAUCACAUGCACGAUGCCGUCGAUCGAGGUCGGGACGAUCGGGGGCGGGACGAUCCUGGGCCCGCAGGCGGCGAUGCUAGAGAUGCUCGGGAUCCGGGGGCCGCACGAUCUGGUCGAGAGUCAUAUGACCCAUAACCGCUCCGCACCCCCCACCCCGCAACCCCAGCUCAGCCCCGUCGCCAGCAGACCCGGCUCCCGCGUCGGCUUCGUCCCGCCUACCCUUGCCCCCGUCGCCACCCAGGGCUACCCGGCGCCGAUGACCGCGCUCAUCGGGCACGGCACCGGCGCUCCUCGCCCGCCCCGCCCCGAGUGA